AUGCUCACAGAGUCUGUCGUCGAGCGUGCGACGCCCCACAAAAGCAACAUCCGAAGAAGCAACCGUAUCGCCGCAGCAACCGGACCGGAGACCGGCACCAGCAAAACGUACUCCUACAACGCCGCGACGACGACCUCCCUAUUUCGACGGUUCCGCGAACAGUGCACGAAACGGGCGCGUAAGUUAACGCGCAAUCGGUUCUGUUCCUCGCAGGAUAAUCUCGGUGCAUCGGAGUACAGGAAGGAUCGUCGUGUGCACGGCCUUCAGUUACCGCUCCAUCCGCUGCAGCUGGUCGGUUGGUUUGCUUUGGCAUUGUUCGGUUACUCCACGUUCGGUGUGCUAAUACCGGCACUAGAGCCCACGCUACAACCUCCGCUGUACGUUGCCGUGACCGCACUGUACGGGUUUCAUCUCGCCUCCCAUCUUACCGCACUGUUGCUUGAUCCAGCCGAUCCGGAGUUGCGUCGAUUGGCGCCGGCCAGCAAAACUGUGGUACCGGAGUUCGAUCGUACCCGGCAUUCGCACGUGAUCGAGAACGGACGGUGCCAUCUUUGCAACAUCCGCACGACCAGCGCCCGUACGAAGCAUUGCAGCGUGUGCAACAAGUGCGUCGGUACCUUCGACCAUCACUGCAAAUGGUUGAACCAUUGCGUCGGUGGACGGAACUAUGUCGCCUUUCUGAUGUGUGUGGUGAGUGCGGUCAUAGCGGCGCUGGUCAUCCUGGCCGCAGCCAUCGUCGAGAUCGUGCUGUACCAUGUGCAGCCGGUGGGUUGGCUUAAUCUUGCCUGGUUCGGUUUGCUGGAUGUCGUCGACCAAACACCGCCGGAUGAGGGUGUCGAGCUCGAGUUGACUACCACCUCGAGCAGCUCGGUGGGCACCACGUUUACGGACGAAACGAGCACGGCCGGUGGAUUGCUGUUCGAAAACUUCACCACAUCCGCUCAGGACAUCUUGCUAAAUGGGACGGUGAGAGGAAUUUUCGGUGGUGGGGAUGGGAACAGUACCGUCAUCAGUACGGCGGGGAAUUCAUCGAACGCGACGACCCAACCAAAUGCGACAGUCAGUGCAGCUACUGCUGCUGCCGAGGGAAUUGCACUUCAUCACACAGUGUUUCUAGUGUUUGUGGCCUCACUUGGCAUACUGGCCGCCAUAGCCGCAGGACUACUGCUACAUCUGUGCUUCUUUCAUGUGUACAUCUCGUUUCUGGGACUCACAACGUACGAGUACAUCCGCAACAAUCGUCAAGCUGCGGCAGCGCAACAGAACGGAGCGGGUGGUAGAGAGCAUGGAACACACCUUCCGAAUGGACCACCACGAGUUGGCGCAGAGCUUGAGAGUGCACCGUCAAAGUUUACCCUCUUCUCUAACUGUACCCACGCAGGGUCACGCAAAUUCCCCGAGGUUUACAUUUGCUCCUCGAUCAAUCAGAAGACUACCGCCACAAUCAACGGUCCACCGACAGGAGUGUCCUUCUUGGGACGGAGAGGAGGCCCAACCAUACCAAAUGCAGCCGCCGUCAUUCUGCCUGGUCAGCUAAACGAUCUAAACCGCGUGAGGCCACGCACAUUACACUGCUGCGAUAGUAGUAGCACGGAAUGCCGGAACAACAUCACAGCGGCCGGGUUGCGUACCGUGACAGCAACAGCUAACGUUGCUUCUAGCGCAUCCAGCACCGUAACGACGUCCACACACUGUAGCGGUGACGAUCCUCAGGGACAGCAUCUUCAGCAGCAGCAGCAUCAUCACCAUCAGAAAGCUGCCUUUUAUCUCUGCUCGAUGCUGGAGGAUGAUCCGCAUGAAGACCCUACCGAGGGCAUGACCACCGGCAAUUGUCAGGGCACUCGUACUUUUCACUGCUGCUCGCAGUACAGUCGUCAGAUGGCAGCGGCACAUAGCUCCUCAACGAUGACCACGAACAACAACAAUCACCACCGGCACCAUCAUCAUCACGGGAAUGAUUUCCUUGCCGCGGCAACGGCAGCCACUCUGCUCGCAACCACCAUGACCACCUUGACAACGACCACCACGACGUCCGAGGAGGCAUACAUCCAGUACACGGAACGGUGCUCCUGCUGCAGCUUUCAGAUGCAGAAACCCGUGACGCAACCGUCGAACGAUGAGACUCUAUCCACACGCCGACAUCAUCUGCACGCGUACGACUUGCAUCCCUUCCGGCGAGGUGCCGAUAAGCCGACACUAGUGGAGCAGCAGCAAGGUGGGCGUCGGUUGUGCUGUGCGAACGAAUCGCUCGCCGCGGUGAAGUCGCAUCAUCGUUGGAAAAGGAAAUGGAACUGUUGCUCGAGUGUACCGGAUAGUCCGGACGUGCCGGUUGAUAUGAGAACCAUCUCCGGUACGGUAUCCGUUUCCGGCAGCCGCACGGUAAUGGCUGCACAGUUCGAUACGGGUGCGCAGCCCAAUCUACCGACGAUCCGGAACGUCGGUGAGCAGCAACAAACGACAUCGAUUGAGCGUCACUCACACGGCGCACCAGAACUGACCUGUAAUGAAAACUGUGCCAACAAUAACUGUAGUAGCGUUAGUGUUAGUAGUUCCCGUGCAAUGGCCGUGCGUGCUGUCAAGGAGGACGAAACUGCCAUCGAACAAGACACCUCGGUGUCCACUUCCGCUUCUUCUGCGAUAGAAAUUCUAAACUCCGAUGCCAACGGGAACGAGCUGGAUCACGAACGAGAUACUAGUACGGCUUCGCAGGCCAGUGUUUCCCCAGUGCCGAAGCGACCCCGGGCACGACUCGUCCGUCCCUGGCCCGUAGUCCGUUUGCGGCACAUGAUGCGUAUGAUCGAUCGUUACCGUAGACCACGCUGUCGGACGAAUCUUGCCGGCAGCAGCGGGACCAGCGCAUCGGUGACUGUUGGUAGCGGCAGUUCCGGUGGUAGUAGUAGUAGCACCACCAUCCAGCAGCACACACUGAUCCGUCAGAAUCAGGUGCGUCCCCUUUCGUCCAGCGAGUUCGCGAGUGCUCUACUUACGGUGCCCGGUUUUGGUGCAUCGGCACUGGCAGCAGCAGCAGCGGCGGCGGCCGCAGCGUCCUCCUCAUCCUCAUCUGCCUCCCCGUCCGGGUCAUCGACGGGGGGACCGGGAUCUCCGUCCGUGCAGCUACGUUCGCUGUUGCCCACGUCAACGAUUCGCGGUGCGGCAGAGUCAUCAUCAGCUAUCACGAUGCCGGUUCUACCACCUCCGGCACGCCGUCGCCUAAAAGGUGGUGGUACAGGCGGUUGUGUGGAACAGUUGCCGGAGUUGAUUGGAGACAUCACGACACCGUCCUCUACGUCGGGAACAUCCGUCCGUGGUCCGGUUCAUCCGCCGAUGAACUACAGGCGAAGUCGCCGUAAGAAUGUUAUUAGAAAUCGCAGCCCUACACUAUCGCCGAUCCACGAGUCCGGCCUAUCGAACCCAACUUCUCCUCAGCCCUGCCGACAUGUCUAUCCCGCGUGCUCAAUCACCACGAGCUCCAGCUGUGGUGGAACACGUUCUUCCGGGUUGAUUCCGUUGGUGACCACUACAGGCUACACGGAUCAGUCACCUUAAGAUGCGACAGUGAUGCGUACGAUAUCGUGGGAUAUAUACUCUGUUGUUUGCUAGGCAAUUCCCUGCAAGUAUCUCGCCGGCUAGUAACUAGAUCCACCUAUAGAGAUGCGAGAUUUUCUAUGAGAGGUCACCUGCAUCCAUUCGGUGCCUACCAAAAACGAGCAAGCCUACUGUCGUUGUUUGUUGUGUACUGUUCGUGAGGGGAAGAGUUAUAGAGUUGUAGUAGAAUGAAAGUUAUAGUCCGUUGCCUAGUAGGCGGUGUGCAGUAGGCCGUGAAACGAAUGCCGCAACUCCAAACCGGUGUUACACAUUGCGCUUUAAGACUAAGAUCCAAGAUGAUCGAUUUUGAGGCUGAUACGUAAAAUACACAACCUGCAUAACGAAGUAUUCAGCCACCAGUGUAGUAACGAAAAACACGAAAAAAUAUGCGAUACAACGAAAAAAAAACGUGACAGAGAGAAAAUGGGAAACAUAAAUCAAAAACCGAAUGUGCGUGCAUGGGGGAAGAAGUUGUGUUUGUGUAAGCAUUAUUCCGGCCAGUUUAGUUGGUGCAAGGAUGCGAAAAGCGAAAAGAUGCUUACAUUGUUAUGCAAGUAGCACGCGAAACAAAAGGUGUAGUGUAGAUAAUGAAAUUUUUUUGUAUAACAAAUACGAAUAGUACAUGUGUGUGUGUUGUGAGUUGAGGAGUUUAAGUUUUGCAAAAGAUGCAAAAGGGGGGAGAAAUCCUUUUUGGCAUUAUAAUGCAGUAGCACAGAAUGGUACUACCGAUAGAGCAUGGUGUUGUUGCCGGAGUAUACAUUGCGAUUUCGUAUUAACCAUGAUUUGUAUCGAUGAAGAAGAUAAAUAAACCAGGAACGCUUUUUCCCGUUGUUUGUUAGGAGCCUUGUAGGUUUCGGCGAAGGAAUGGUACUGUGUAUGAUCAAUAUAGGUCGCUACCCAGUCUCCUUUAGACACCUGUAUGCAAUGUGUGUGUGUUCCAAUGAGUGUGCGUGUGUGUAUACUGUGCUUCAAACCUCUAAAUAAUUCAAGUAACGUAUUGCCAACCAUUUCUUCUCGGAUUUUCCGUUUCGCUUUUUCCGAUCUUUCCAAUCUAAAGAAAUCCGUAUCCGUGUAUACACAGGCACAGCUAGGACAGGCCGACACCCCGAUCACGGCUUCGUCGUUUGUGUGCUUGGAAAAGUCGUGUGUUUCCUCAUGAUUUGAAUUCCAUGUGCAUCAGUCAGUGUAUCAGCGUGUGCGUCUGGGAAUGAUUUUGUGUAAAGGCGAACUGGAGAAAACAAGUAAGAUCAAGGGCAUCUUAUCCUCCGCGUUGUAGGCAGGCACACGCGGUGCGAUUUAUCAGCUCUUUAAUGCCAAUAAGUAUCCGUCAGAAACGAAACAGUAAAAAACUGGAAGACAUAUAUCGCGACUAAUUUAAUGCAAAAAUCUAUACCCAACAUAAAAUAGACUAUUCUCUGAUGUUACACUCAGCACCACUGAGUGCUGUACCAUAUUUGGAACGAACGAGAGCAGAGUGAACGAACGAAACGUGAAUAAAACGAAAGGUCAUAAUUCCUUUAACGUGUGCGGUAAAGCAACGAUAGUAGUGAUAGUGGGGAAUGUAUGCUCGCAUUAGAAUGAAAAUCCCAUCUUCAUGGUGGAAUGGAGUGAUAGGAAAGUGCGCUCGAGUAUAUCACCACCGCUCGUUAAGUAAGGAUAUGUAACACAAACAUUGGUGAAGCGCAAUUUGCAAUGGGAUUAAGAGCUAUUUUUUAUGUCGCUUUUCCUUAUUGUGGAACAGAUGCGUUGGAUACGAGAAACAAAAAACCGCACACACACAUUUACUGGCAGCAAAGGUAGCAAUUUUGAUGAGAAAAUUAAAAUAACGACAAAAAAAGCAAAAAUGCGUUACAAACGUGCUGAAUCGUUUGAACAUGUGAGCAUGUGUUUAUAUGUGUAACAGGGAGCAGGGAUGGGAGUGGGAAAACCCGUUCCAGACGAGUGUGAUGUUGGAAAAGAUAUAUUAUAUACAUAGUAAUAAAUAAUUGUUUAUUUGAA